AUGGCAGGGAAGGCAUCCAAGAAACAAGUUCAAACGAAUUUAAAAGUUUUGAGUAACUUAUACAAAAUAAUGAUACCAAUCUUAUUAUUAUCAUUAUUAAGGACUAUAUUUUCCAAGACAAACAAGACUCCAAUUAAGUUUUUCGUUUUACAUUUACCCUUAAUGGCGAGCGUUUAUAUUAUUGAAAAAUCAGGUAGACCUAAAUUUGGAAUUGAUUCCCAUAGUAAUAAGAAAGUCAUUAUUAAUGAAGGUAUAGAUUUAUCAUCUAAUGAUGGUAAUAUGAUUGAAUAUUUAUUUGAUUUAAUUUAUUUAUCAUUAUUUGCCGAUUUUGGUAGAAUUAUUUUUGAUACUAAUAAAUUUUGGUAUAUUUUGAUAGCGUGUCCAAUUUAUGUGGGGUAUAAAUUAUAUGGAUUAAAGCAACAAUUUAUGGGGCCCUCAUCAUCUUCGAGUAAGAAGACUACGAAGGAUAAGAAGCCACAAGAGGAGGCCAAAUCAAAGAGACAAUUGAAAAGGGAGAAAAGAGGUGAAAAUCAAGUAAAAUACAGGAAUAGGUGA